GAGCUGACUGUGGUCAGUGACAUCAGAAACUCUUCCUCAUUCUUCAGGACUCACCGGCGUUCCGUCGACUCACCGUUGAACCACAGUCUACUCGGCUGAUGGGCGAUUAACUUUAGAGAGAAAACAGUGAAAGAAGUUCGCACUAAGGGUGGCAACUGUGUUCAGUUCAUGGAAGUAACAACUGAGAUGACACCUUUGAGGUUUAAAGAUGCUUUCUGGGGGUCCAAUUUCACCUGUCAUGCAGGCUAUGACGCUGUGAUCCAAAGGUUGCAAGAUGGAAGGCAAAUGUGCAAAGAUGUGGAGGAGCUUUUAAAGAUGAGGGCACUAGCAGAGGAGAAGUAUGGAAAGGAACUGGUGACUAUUGCUCGCAAAGCAGGAGGACACACAGAGAUCAGCACCAUGAGAGCAUCCUUUGAACUAUUAAAAACACAAAUCGAGAACAUUGGUAACUUCCACAUCCAACUGUCCGAUAUAUUGAAAGAGGAGGUGAAAAAGAUCGAGACAUUCAGAGAACGGCAGAAAGAGCAGAGGAAGAAGUUCCAAAGCAUCAUGGAGAAGGUUCAGAAGAAAAAGGUUUAUUUGUACAAGAGGACCGUGGAAUCGAAGAAGUAUUAUGAGCUGAGAUGCAGAGAGAAAGACGAGGCAGAACAGGGGGUCGAGAAGACAACCGUUCCAUCCAAGAACUCAGAAAAAAUGCGUCACAAGGCAAAGCAAAGCAGACAGGCAGCCAAUGAAGCCGAGAAGCUGUACUUUACCAACAUUGUUCAGCUAGAGAGUGUUCGCCAGGACUGGGAAGAGACACACAAAAGCACCUGUGAGGUGUUCCAGCAACUGGAGGGAGAUCGCAUCAGCAUGCUCAGGUGUUGUCUCUGGGACCACUGCAACCAUUUCUCCACACAGUGUGUCAAAGAUGAUGAGUUCAUCGAGGAGGUGAGGAAGCUACUGGAACAGUGUGACACCACCACAGACAACAACUAUUUCAUAGGCAUGAAAAGUACAGGAAUGAGGCCUCCAGAGCCCAUAUUGUUCGAGAACUUCUACCAGACGGAGACAUCCCGGAACAGCAAUGGCCAAGCUCAUUUCGCAGUAGGAGAAGAAGACGUGACGAUGAGGUGCUCUGAUACCCUAUUCGCAAGUUCUGUGAACAUCAAUGUCGACAGUCUUCAAAACUCACAAUCAGCAAUGACACCUUUUGGCGAGUUUGCGCCCCUCACGGGCCUCCAGCAGACAGCAGCAUCGGCAACAGUUGCAGCUGAUGAAGACAGCUACAUUGUUCUUUAUGAAUACACUGCCCAGGAGGAGGAUGAGCUGUCUGUCAGUAGAGGAGACAUCGUCCGGGUGUUGGAACAAGGAGAAGAUUGCUGGUGGAUAGCGGAGAGCAACGGGCUGACUGGACUGGUGCCAGGAAACUAUCUGGCCAAAAUCUGAACGAUAAGCCACCUGGAGUUGUUCCUCGGCUUCCAGUGACUUUGCUUUGUCAGUGUGCCAUAUGAUAAAAGAAUGUAUCGCCAAUUCAUUAUUAAACUCGAUGUGAUGAAUCACAAGUAAACAUUA